AUGCGGAAAGUUUUGCAUGAAAGACACAAAGGAAUUGGAUCUACUCGUAGACUGGCACAAGAAUCUGUAUAUUGGCCAGGUAUUAGUUCCGACAUCAAGGAUACUGUUGGAAACUGUCGAAUAUGUGCAUCAAUUCAACUUUCACAAGCCAAGGAGCCGAUGCAACCGCAAGAUGUCCCAAGCGGACCAUGGCAAAAAGUAGGAAUGGACUACUUUGAACUUGACAAUAAGCCACAUAUUGUCAUGGUAGAUUAUUACUCGAAUUGGAUUGAAAUUGAUCCUGUAUCAUCAAUGUCAGUGAACACAUUGAUUACUGUUUGUAGAAAACAUUUCUGCCGACGUGGUAUUCCACUAAUAGUCAUGUCAGACUCAGGAAGUCAAUUCAAAUCCUCCCAAUUCAGAGAAUUUGCAAACAAAUAG